ACCGCAAGGCUCUACAGGAGCAACAAAUUCCAUAUCAUCUUCCGUCUGCUCUCCCGAUUUCCAAACGUUUUGGGUCUCUUUCACACUCCUUCGAAAUCUCCGAUGGCAAUCUCCGUCACUGCACCCGCCGCAUGUCGCUCAUGGACUUUUGACCGUUCCACGCCGUUGGCUUCAUCUUCUUCAUCCUCCUCCUCCUCCUCAAGGCUUUCCAAUCUGUCUUCUCUGCAAUUUCAUUCACGGAUUCCUCGUCUUACUCUUAGUAAUCGUCGCUUUACUACUUUCCCAUCUAAGUCCCGAACACUUAUCCUGGCUCAAGCAAAGAAGCAAACUUUUUCCUCCCUUGAUGAGCUACUGGAAAAAGCUGAGAAGCCAGUAUUGGUUGAUUUUUAUGCAACAUGGUGUGGGCCAUGUCAAUUUAUGGGUCCUAUACUGAAUGAAGUUAGUAUCACCAUGGGAGACACACUCCAAGUAGUUAAAAUUGAUACUGAAAAGUACCCUGAAAUUGCAAACAAGUACAACAUUGAAGCUUUGCCUACUUUCAUCUUAUUCAAAGAUGGAAAACCUUUUGAUCGUUUUGAAGGAGCUUUAACAGCAAACCAGCUUAUCCAACGAAUUGAGGGUACACUGAAAGUUAAGAACUAGCACUGGAUAAAACUUGGUUAAAACUUGAUGUGAAGCAUUGGUUUGGUUUUAUGUUUUGUUUUGUUGUAUAUGUGUUUAUACAUUUUGAUUUGGUUCAGAAGUGGUAUUGGUUUUAAAAUGUGAUUACAAUUGCUAGUUUGGAUUUUAUUGAUCAGAGAAGAGUAACAAAGAUUUGAUACCAAUUGAAUUUGUGAUUGACUGUUGGUUUUGGA